AUGGAAUUCUGGAGAAGGAAGAAGGACAAGGAGAGAGCUUGCUUCCUCAAGAAUGGAACCGUGUUUCUUCAACAACUCAUCGCUGACUGCAACGGCAUAUCAAACCCUAUCCGAAUGUUCUCUUCCGACCAAAUCUCCAAGGCUACGGAUCACUUCGAUGCCGAGUGUUCUAUCCUUGAUGCUUCAUCAUGUUUCACCUGGUACAAGGGGGUCAUCGAAGGCAGAUCGUACGUGAUCAAGAGAUUCACAGAGCCAUGGUAUGAAGACGAGCCUUACAACGAUAUUGUCUUGUCUUCUCGAGUAAGUAAUCACACUGGUUUCCUCAAACUCAUCGGUUCUUGUCUCGAGUUUCCUCGUCCCGUGGUUGUGCUUGAAGACCUAGACUACACAGUUUUGAACCAGCGAGGUAGUGUUGGUUGCGAGGACGCGCUGUUGUUACCGUGGAAUGCACGUUUAAAGAUAGCUAGAGAGGUUGCGACUGCUAUAACGUAUCUUCACACGGCUUUCCCUAGAAUCAUUAUACAUAGAAAUAUUAAACCAGCGAAUGUUUUGUUGGAUAAGAAUGGGACGGCUAAGCUCACUGAUUUAUCUCAUGCUGUGACACUCCCUGAGGGUAAAUGUUGGAUUGAAGAGCCGGUGGUUGGAACGUACGGUUACACAGAUCCUAUUUAUUUCUCGACGGGAUCUGCUGGAGAGAGGAGAGCCUGUUGUAUUCGGUGGUGGUUUGAACGACAUGAAGCCUGGUCAGAUGAGAAUGUUUCUUGACCUGGCACUGAGAUGCUGUGAGGAGAGGAAUGAAGAUAGGCCAAUGAUGAUCUUGGUGGCAAAAGAGAUUAAGCUAAUAGAACAAGGAUCACUUGAGGAUGGUCAUAUUUAAAAAUUGAAGUUAUGCUCAUAGUAGGGUUUUGUGUUCUGUUAUUGUGUAUUGCUGGAUUACCUAGCCUUUUAUAGUAUAUGU